AUUAAUGUUUUUUGGCCCGCAUUUCUGGUUUGGUAUUGUGAUGGUUGAGGUGGUUCGAUUUGCAUUCAAGCUUCUUCCUUUGCUUCUUGUUGUUUAUUUUUGGCUUGCAUGUCUUUUUCUUGUUCUGGUUGGUGAGGAUUUAGGAUGGUUUGUUUGGUUUAGAUAUUUAUGAUUGAUUAUGCAGAUAACACGAGGCUGGAACGUGUUUGUGUCACCAUAAUAUUUAACAAUUUCACUUUCCUUUUCUCAAAUUUUCUCUAUAUUCUUAACAAGCUCACCUAAAUUUUGGCCCCCACUUUGAGUUUGUUUUUAAAAUAAUUUAUAAGUUCUUUUGGUUGAUGGUUUGGUAUUCCUUGGUGGCUUUAAUCUUCAUUCAUUGUUGAAAUUCUUCUUUUUCUUCCUUAGCUCCAACCUGAGUAGAGGUAGAAAGCAUCAAGAAGCCUUUUACGCCUCCCAGAGAAGUGCAUGUUCAAGUAACCCACUCUAUGCCACCACAGAAGAUUGAGAUUUUCAAAUCUCUUGAGGGUUGGGCUGAGGAGAACAUCUUGGUUCACCUUAAACCGGUAGAAAAAUGCUGGCAACCACAGGAUUUUCUACCUGAUGCUUCCGCUGAUGGAUUUGAAGAGCAAGUGAGGGAACUGAGAGAGAGAGCAAAGGAGAUUCCAGAUGAUUACUUUGUUGUUCUGGUUGGGGACAUGAUCACGGAAGAAGCCCUUCCUACUUACCAAACAAUGCUUAACACUUUGGACGGCGUUCGUGAUGAAACAGGGGCCAGCCCUACUCCGUGGGGAGUUUGGACAAGGGCAUGGACUGCUGAAGAAAAUAGACACGGUGAUCUGCUUAACAAAUAUCUUUACUUGUGUGGACGUGUUGAUAUGAGACAAAUUGAGAAGACAAUUCAGUACCUGAUUGGGUCUGGAAUGGAUCCUCGAACUGAGAACAGCCCCUACCUUGGUUUCAUCUACACUUCAUUUCAAGAGAGGGCGACCUUUAUUUCCCACGGAAACACGGCCAGGCAUGCUAAGGAGCAUGGUGAUAUAAAGCUGGCUCAGAUCUGUGGUCUGAUCGCCGCUGAUGAGAAACGCCACGAGACCGCCUACACCAAGAUUGUGGAAAAGCUGUUUGAGAUUGAUCCUGAUGGAACAGUCAUGGCAUUUGCUGACAUGAUGAAGAAGAAAAUUGCUAUGCCAGCACACCUGAUGUACGAUGGCCGAGAUGAUAACCUGUUUGACAACUACUCUUCCGUAGCCCAGCGUAUCGGGGUCUACACUGCCAGGGACUACGCUGAUAUACUCGAGUUUCUAGUCGGGAGGUGGAAGGUGGAGCAGAUAACUGGACUGUCAGGCGAGGGACGGAAGGCUCAGGAGUACGUUUGUGGGCUGCCACCAAGAAUCCGAAGGCUGGAGGAGAGAGCUGCAGCAAGAGUGAAGGAAACAUCAACAAUUCCAUUCAGCUGGAUUCAUGACAGGGAAGUACUACUCUGAACUCAGCAAGGAGCAUUAUCGUGAAUCCAUUACCGGCAAUCUAUUUGGAGAUCUGUUGAAUAGUUCAUAAUUCAGUGUUUUUUUUUUUUUUUGAGUCCAUUGCUAUAUGUCACUGUAAGGUGAAACAGUUGUUCUUAUGUGGUUCACUAGUUAUGCUUAAGCUUCAGCAGUCAGGGGGGUUGGUUCUAGUAUUAGAAAAUACUAUUUUGCUUUCUUUUUUGUUUCUUGUUUUCCUUUUCUUUGUGGUAGUGAUAUCUGUCUAUGCUAAAGUUUUUCUGUCGCAAUUUUGAUGAUAAAAGAUAAUUUAGUUCUUCGCUGGUCA